AUGUCUAGCGGCUCCAGUGAAGUCGAUGUGAUAAGAACUCGAAUACCUGCUUAUGGUGAUGAUAAUAUUGUUCUUUAUGCAUAUGAACCAAAUACUGCAUAUAACAAUAAUGAACAUGUUCAAUCUGAGGUGUCCUGCAACGAAGAAGAACAAAAAACAAUGAUGGAUAUCCUCACCCAGUGCCAGGUUAUAAACGAUGCCAUCCAAAACCUGGAUAAGAAGUGUGAUGUUAUUUAUGGAAAGGUUUCAAAAAUCUAUCGGUGCCGUGCGAAAUCCUUGUGGCAAAAUCGUAAGCCGCAUGGAUAUGCACACAAAAAUCAUAAUUACCAGCUUUCUAGAAAACAAAAAUUCCAGAGAAUGAGGAAGAGGGAGCCACAUCACAGUUCAUUCUCCUACUCUGAAAGUUAUAGCCCCACUGUACCAGUGGGAAGACGGGAUAAUGAUUCCCAGAGCCACCCUCCAGGAACACCUUUUAAUUCUGACGAGUCCGUGGAACCAGAGCAUGAUUCACUGCUUGAGGAGCAGGAGCGGGAUGCGAUCCUCCGCCAUAGUCCAUCGCUCUCCUCGAGUUCGUAUCAGCCAUCUUGCGAUAAUGAUCAGGUCAAGUAUGAUUUGUCUUGUUUUCUCUCCAUUGAAGUUACAAGUUCACCAGUUGAACGUGACUCUGGUAUCCUGAAACAAAGCUUCUCUGAGGACCCUUCAACCUGGUCUGUGGAAGAAGUAAUCCUGUUUCUGAAACAAGAAGAUCCUCAGACAUUAGGCCCUCUUGCUGACCUCUUCAGACACCAUGACAUUGAUGGGAAGGCUCUGCUACUGCUCAAGAGUGACAUGAUGCUGACGUAUAUGGGGCUGAAGCUGGGGACAGCUGUGAAGCUAUGCCACUGCAUUGAAAAACUUAAAGAUGACAAAUACGAUAAAGAAAAAAAAUACUGUGACAAUUAA